UUUGGGCUCAUGUGCAGUUGGGCUUCGGACUAUGGUCAACAGCCUCGACGGUGACAGUGAAGAUGAUCGCAGAGUUCAUCAAGCCCACACGUUUAUAUCUUCCUACCCUUUGCGCUGGAUCCGGUGUUGUUUGCGAUAUCCUCAUCGCAUAUUCGGUGAUCAGUCAACUUAUAGGAAAUAAGACCGGGUUCAGAUCAACGGAUAGGGGCAUAAUGCGUCUGAUCACUUUCACCUUCAGCACCGGUGCUUUGAGCAGCAUUGCAGCCUGCACCAUCAUCGUUACAUUUUUGACUGGACUCGGUUCCGAGACACUUGGAUUCAGCUACCUUCUAUGCAGAAUCUAUAGCAACAGUUUGCUUGCAUCGCUCAAUCAACGCGGUAGCUGGUUUAAGCAUCACGAUCAGUUCGAUUCUGACUGGACUGGGGCUGCUGCAAAUCCGGAGAAGAUGUGUCCCUCAUCAGGGACCUCUCGGUCAGGUUUCCCCACUCUGAACCCCAGUCCUCGCCACCUAGCCUCUAAUAGUCGAACAAGCGCAGGCACCGGUAUGCCCAGACCCACUCAGACUCAGAGUGGUGACUACGUUCACAUCAAGUUGGUGCCUCGAACCUUUCCUCGAAUUUUUACGUGACUGACUUUUCGUGAGGGGUAGUGUUCUGAAAUUUUCACAAGUUCGUUGAGCAGAAGCGAAUGGACAGUGGCCAGUGAUCUGAGAAAUCACCUCAACGGCCAGCAGGAGCCCCAGUUUUCUUCGAUUCUAACUCUAAGAUUCCCUGCCCUGUCAAUGCUCUCUGUUCCUGAGCUGCUUUUCUGUUUGUUCUCCACGGAAGCUGGUAUCCCGCCUAGCUAGUGACCAGCUUCUACUAGAAUAGAAUAUCCUGCCUCGGUUUCUGCCGCCUAUUUAUCGACUUUGUAUCACUAGUGCUGUGUUUGGCAUGCUCCGAUUAUGU